AUGUACAAAGGAAUACUUUCUGACAGGACAAUUGUUGCAGUAAAAGUUCCACGUUUGCAAUUGUCGGAUGCUCUCCAAAGUUUUGAUGUAGAAUGCAAGGUGUUACGGACAAUUCGACAUAGAAAUCUUGUUAAGGUCAUAACUACAUGCACUAAUCCGGAGUUUAGAGCGUUGGUGUUGGAAUACAUGUCGAAGGGCAACCUUGAAAGAUGGUUAUAUUCUCAUAACUACUGCUUGGAUCUUCUACGAAGAAUAAAUAUUGUGGUUGAUGUUGCAUCAGCCUUAGAUUAUCUCCACCACGGCCAAUCAGAAUCUAUAUUGCAUUGUGAUUUGAAGCCUACAAAUAUCCUUUUGGAUGAGGACAUGGUUACACAUGUGGGCGAUUUUGGCAUUGCAAAGAUUUUAGUCAAAAACAAGAUGCAACACACACUAAAACUCUUGGUACCGUUGGCUACAUCGCACCAUGAAUUACAAGACGAUCAAAAGAUUAAGAAGGUGAUGUUGGUAAAUGCAUCCAUUCCAGAUAGAAUGAUGGAAGUUAUGGAUGAAGGUUUACUAAGAAUAGAAGAUGGAAGAGACACCAUUGCCUUGCAAAGUGUUCUUUCAUCAAUCUUGGACUUGGACUUGGGCUUGAGGUGUUCUGAAGAAUUACCAGAUACAAGAAUGGACAUCAAAGACGUGGUUGUCAAGCUUAAUAAAAUCAAGUCGACUUUUUUUGUGAAUAGGAACAGGGUUAAUUACUAG